AUGGAUGAUCUUCUGCACCUUACAGACUUACCGGAUGUGGACGGGGAGGACGUCGAUGGCACAUUGGUUCACAUGAGGGUCCAAGAGCUAGCUGGUGAGACCAAGCUUUGCUGGGCAAUCCAGAAGGGUGAUGAUAGCUCCACUCGUGUGGUGCUGCCUACAUAUAUCAGUCAAGUGCUGGAGAUGAGAGUAUGUAGCUUUGUCAGUGAGCAUUCAGCAUGGGAAACAAGAAUUGAGGGUCGGUUUGCUCAGGGCAAGAAUUUAAGCAGCCGACAACAGAAAGCGUAUGAUCAAUGGAAGUUGAGAUGUGAGCAGCAGCUGGUGUUCUCCAAGCAACAUGAGUGCCUGGUGUGUGAUUCCAAAGAUGUUGAUGAGAGGUGCUUCUCAAUUGACCUUUUGCUGCAUGAGGAUCCUGAGAAGCUGAAGGUCAAGGCCAGCGACGGGUCUGAGUACAGGCUUGUCUUGUUGCAGAGUGCCCCGUCCAUCCAACCUCAUGAUGACCUACCCUCAGAACUGGAUUUGGAAUUGCCCGAGGGCAUUGCUGACGGCAUGGAACUAGCGGAAGAGGGUUCAGCUGAAUCAGGUGAGGAAGAUGCACCCGAUGAGUUUGCUGCUCUUCAAGAGGCAGAUGAGCAGUACGCCCAUGACAACCUGGAAGCUGAGCUUGACGCAGAUCUGCUUGUACUAGCAGAUUCAGAUGAGGAAAUAUGUUUGGAUGAGGACAACAUCACGGCAAAGAAGGUGAAGUCCUUCAACUUUCGUCCGGCUUGGAAGUCUUUGCAAGAGAAGGGGCUCACCAUGCUACCGCGUGGAGUGCCGGGUUGCAGUAUAUCGUACCACGCCACCAGCAAACAGUGGCAGGGGAUGUAUCCGGGAGUCCAUAACCGCGCAGCAAUUCCAAUGUCAGCCGUGUGGGGUGGCACCACCCGUCGCAGUGAGCCAGAAGCCAUUCUACGGGCCAUCAGGGGUAUAUUGCAUGCUCACAUUUCACAGAAUCCGAAAGAUAUGUUAUGGAAAGGACAAUUGGCCCGAGUAGAGCAGGCAGAGGCAACACAAAGUGUUUGA